AUGGCCAUUUACAUAGAUCCAAGCACACUCAAUGUGGUCAUCUCCAUCCUGGGCUUCUUCAUACUGGCAUUCGGUGCCAUCUCCAUCAAAAUCAAGUAUGAAUGUUCCAAAGAACCCGACGGCACCGGCGUCACAAUCCCAGGUCUCAUCGGUCUCGCCAUCAUGAUCGUCCUCUUCCGCCGCAUCCCCGCCAUCCUCAUGGCCUACAAAUUCAUGCCCAACUGCAUCGUCGACUGGGAAGAAGCCCUCUUUAUGGGCUACUUCGGCCCCAUCGGCAUUGGCGCGGUCUUCUACGUAGAACACACCCGCCACCUCUUCCAUGAGCCUGGCGAGUCCCUGACAGAAGAAGAAAACAACCUCACCGCCGCCAUGAUUCCCGUCGUCUAG